UCCGGCUGGCUCUGGCUGGCCGGGCCGCAAUAUGCCUCCGCUGCCGCCGCCUGGCCGCCAUGCCGGGGAGCCGCGGGCUGGCCGCCGCCGCCGCCCUCUGCCUGCUGCUGCUGCUGCUGCUGCCGCCCGCGCUGAAGGGCCGCCCGGGCUCCGCCGCCGCCCGCGCCGCGCCAGGAUCUACGUUUACACUGAAAGUGCAUGUCAAUGACAUCAUCAGUCACCAGUACCUCCAUCAAGCCAUUGUAGAAGUCUUUGUCAAUUACACCAAGACCAACUCCACACUAACUGGAAAUAAUGGAGAAGUAUUGAUCAAAGUCCCCUAUCAACUAGGCCAAAGUUUAACUAUUGCUGCUUAUAAAGAUGGCUAUAUGUUAACACCUUUGCCUUGGAAAACUGGGAGAGUGCCAAUAUAUUCAUCUGUGACACUUUCACUGUUCCCUCAAAGCCAAGCAAAUGUAUGGUUGUUUGAUGAUACAGUUUUAAUAACUGGGAAGGUAUCUGAUGCCAAAUCUCAACCAAGUGUUCAGUUUCAAAAAAAAUUAAUAAAACUUCCUGUGAACCACCACAUCACAAACGUAACAGCCUACCUUACAGUGCCACAGCAGUUUUUGAAAGUGGACCAUUUUCUCUAUACAACAGGGAUCCUUCUCACUAUGUCAGGUUUUAAAAGUAUUGAACUAACCCCUCUUGCUGCCAUAUGUGUCAACCUUUUUUCGGCUGGGAAAAAACUGAAAGUGGACGGCUCUAUCCAUGUAACGUUGCCUCUUCUACCCACGAGAACGGUAAAAGCAGGAAGUUGGAUCCCAGCAUGGACCUUUGACAUGAACACUGGUGCUUGGGUAAAUCAUGGGUCGGGCAUCGUAAAGGAUGCAGGUGACCGCUUAGUAUGGGCAUACACUGCCCCAAGCCUAGGCUACUGGAUUGCUGCCCCGCUGCCUGGAACAACAGCGCUUACAAAGGAUAUAGCGGAGUACCACACAAUGUUUCUGACGGUCAUAUUGGGAGGCACAGUCAUCAUUAUUGCCGGGUUCUUUGCAGUCCUCCUGUGCUAUUGCAGAGAUAAAGACGGCCAGUCAAAAAGGAGAGGAAAAAAUAUGACCAAACUGGGCGUCUUUAAAAGGGACCAGAUGACAUCAACCACCCACAUAAAUCACCUCGGAAUUGCCAAUGGAUCCUUCCAGGCAACGGAGAAAUCUCAAAUGUAUUCACCCGGAUUGUCAUCAUACAGCCCACAAAAAGGUGCUUUGGCAGAAGAGAGAAAAGUUUGUGGCGGUAUCAGAAUCUUCACAGAAGGUGCUUGCUACCAGUCCUCUAGCGUGAAUACUCAGUCACGGAAUUCACCUCAGUCCUCAGAACCUGGCAGGAGUGUAAGGCUCUUGCAAGCAGCACAGCACACCCAUGGGCACAUUUCCCCUUCUAGGGGCUCACAAGAGCAGAACCAGUAUCUCUCAACGUGUGAGGAAAUGUAUGGGCUCUCACCUUUGCCAGAACAGUUGCUGCAUCUUUAUAGCCAGCCUAUUGCAAUCCUUCAAACGCCGGACCUUUUCCACUCCCCAGAUCAGCUACACACUGCCAAAUCGGCUACCUUGCCAAGGAAAGGGCAGCUAGUUUACAGCCCAAUGACAGAGCCCUCGAGUCGGGAGAGUUACACCCAGACAUUACCCAAAAUGCCAGUGCGCUCUGACCUUCAGCCACCAACUUCCAGAGGUGAAGCAGCCGCAUUGGAUACGCAGCAGGGCUUAUCUCCCCAAGCCACAAACUGGGGGCGCUACACAAACAGCUUGCUGGAGUCGGUUUCUGUCCCGGGAACGCUCAACGAGGCUGUAGUAAUGACACCGUUUUCAUCUGAGCUUCAAGGCAUUUCAGAGCAGACCUUAUUGGAACUCUCGAAAGGGAAACAGUCUCCACACCCCAGGGCAUGGUUUGUGUCCUUGGAUGGCAAGCCAAUCGCUCAAGUGAGACAUUCCUUCAUCGAUCUCAAGAAGGGCAGGAAAACCGAGAGCAAUGACACUAGCUUGGACUCGGGUGUGGACAUGAAUGAGCUCAACCCCAGUCGAAAAUUAGAGAGGGAGAAGACCUUCAUUAAAUGUAUGCAACAUUCUAAGAUCCUCUAUCUGGAAGACUUGGAUCUCAGCGGCAGCGAAAGCGGGACCACCGUUUGCACCCCUGAAGAUCACACGGUCAAGCCCAUGCCAGAUGGAGGGAGUGAUCCAGUCCUGCGACAACCCACUGAAGAGGGGCCUGUGAGAAAAAGCACAGCAAAAGAGCGUGACGCCAGCCCUCCUUCCACCAAGAAGCGGGGGAGGCCUGUUCUGACUAAAAGAGAUAGCAAAACCAACAUCUGGAAGAAGAGAGAAGAGAAACCUCUCAUUCCCAUGAGUUAAAAUUACAGUUAUGUCUCUCUUUGCGGGUGACUCGUGGAUUUUUCUCAGCCCUUUUGCUUAUUUGCAGUGUUCCGUUUAUAAUGGACAAUCAGAGUUCAGUAUGAAGUUGUCUACUUCUGCAGAGGAUGAUUCACCUUCAUCAGCGUGAUGGCUAUUCAAGCAACUGGAAGAGGCUCUAUCUGUUUUGCUGAAAUCAAAUUGCUUUCAACGACAUGUUUGAGCGACAUUUUUAAAAAUGUAUAAAAAAUAUUCUGGAAUGUGUCCACGAAGGUGUAAGAAGCCACAAUGCUGUCGCAUUCCUCUUGUCUAGAUCUGGGCAUUCGAUAAGGAAGGAGUACUGCACUGUUGAUCCUGGACAGUAUUGAAUUGCCAUGGGGAAUAAAAACUGUUGUUGUUUGUUUUAUUCAGCAAUGGAGAUUCUACUGUAUAUGUUUGAUACAACUAUCCAAACUAGGCAAGAAGCUGGCUUUUUUAUCAUCUGCAUUUUCCAUUUUUUUUUAUCUACAGGUGGAUCUUCCUGGUUCUCUUCUUUGCUUGCUUGUAUAUUGUUCUAUCAUGAAGUUCUGUGUGUAUAAUCUUGGGAAAAAUCAGAGGCUUCUUAUCAAUUCCAGAUGGUAUUUCAGGUGUACAGAAUCUUCCCUUUUCGUGUGCAACUCCAGUAUAUAUUGAGCCAAAUUAUGCUCUUGUUUUUUAGGAUAACUUGAUUUGUACUAAUGUAAAUAGGACAGGAUUUGGUCCUUGGGUGUCUAAUAUUGUAAAUAGAAGGAUGGCUUUUGGGAAGAGAGUUCCUCCAGGAACGAGGCCCUGGGCCAUUGCACAGCCUUUAAGAAACCCGCAACUAGAACAUAAAGCAAUUUGACUCUGUGCCUCAUUUAUUUAUUAGCUUUCAAGUACUUUGACCCCCCCCCCCAGUCUUAAGAGUCCGCUAUUUCUUAGAGGAAAUUACAUGUGAAAUGUGCUGGACUCAAUUAGGAUUAUAAAUAAGAUGAGCCAUAACCACAAGGAUUCUUUCCUGUCGCCAAAUUGGUCUUACGGGACUAGUCCUGGCCUAAUUUUUGCCCCAUAUUUAUCCCCUAAUUUGAUAGCAAACCUGUCAAAAUACAAAGGAUGUCUCUUAGAGCACAACAUUAGCCUUGGUCAGAGCCCACAUUAAAGGAUGGUUUGUUGCUGACUAAAUUACAUAAUGGUAUAAUCCUGAAGACUUUUAGCUAGAAGUGCGUCCCAUUGAUAUCAGUGGAUUUCUCUUCCAGGUCCCACUGGUAGGGAGAAAAGGGGGCUGGAAAGAUUUUAAAUAAGUGUGGGCACGAUUAAGGCCUAAGGGUGCGUUCAGUUUUACCUGCAAGCAGGAGUCACAAGCUUUGUUCCCCUGCAUUGCAGGCCUGCCCUCCGCCCCAGCCUUUUGCAACGCAGUUUUUUGGGGAAAAGAGCCACAAUUAACACUUGGAAAGUUGAAAACUGCUCUGGGAAGUAUGUAGGCUGUAUGUUAUCCUGGGGUAUCCCCAGGGCUCAUUUCAAGGGGGAACGCACAGGAAGGCAGUUCCGGCAGUUCCCCAAAGAGGUCACAUGUCAGGUGCCCACCUGACUCUCGGCCAUUUUGAGCCUGUUUCGGCCUGGAUUGGGGCUGAAACAGCCCGGAUUGGGCCUCUGACGGGUGGUGGAUCACUCUCCCACUCAGCAGCAGCCCGAUC